GGUGCGGAGCAGGCGGAAGAGGCGUCUGUGCCGGCGGCCAGGUCGCAGAGGAACAUCGUUGGGAUCAGCGACUAUCAUCAGUUCUCGAAGAUGAGUAACAGCCACCCUCUUCGCCCCUUUACUGCAGUGGGGGAAAUUGAUCACGUGCACAUUUUGUCUGAACAUAUUGGUGCCUUGUUAAUUGGGGAAGAAUAUGGUGACGUCACAUUUGUUGUGGAAAAGAAACGAUUUCCUGCCCACAGGGUAAUCUUGGCAGCCAGGUGCCACUAUUUUCGAGCGUUACUGUAUGGUGGAAUGCGAGAGUCUCAGCCUGAAGCAGAAAUCCCUCUCCAAGACACCACUGCGGAAGCGUUCACGAUGCUACUCAAAUACAUCUACACCGGGCGGGCCACGCUGACAGACGAGAAGGAGGAGGUGUUGCUGGACUUUCUGAGCCUAGCUCAUAAAUAUGGAUUUCCAGAGCUGGAGGAUUCUACCUCUGAGUAUCUCUGUACCAUACUUAACAUUCAGAACGUCUGUAUGACUUUUGAUGUUGCCAGUCUCUACUCGCUUCCCAAGUUAACCUGUAUGUGCUGCAUGUUUAUGGACAGGAAUGCUCAGGAGGUGCUCUCAAGUGAAGGUUUCCUCUCCCUUUCCAAGACGGCACUUUUAAACAUCGUAUUAAGAGAUUCAUUUGCAGCUCCUGAAAAAGAUAUUUUCCUAGCCUUGUUAAACUGGUGUAAACACAAUUCGAAGGAGAAUCAUGCUGAAAUCAUGCAGGCUGUGCGUUUGCCUCUGAUGAGUCUCACUGAACUUCUCAAUGUUGUGAGGCCUUCGGGACUCUUGUCUCCUGAUGCCAUUCUGGAUGCUAUUAAAGUACGAUCCGAGAGCCGGGAUAUGGACCUCAAUUACAGAGGCAUGCUCAUACCAGAAGAAAACAUUGCGACUAUGAAGUAUGGAGCCCAGGUUGUAAAAGGGGAGCUGAAGUCUGCAUUAUUAGAUGGUGAUACUCAAAAUUAUGAUUUGGAUCAUGGAUUUUCUAGGCACCCUAUUGAUGAUGACUGCCGUUCAGGCAUUGAAAUUAAGCUAGGUCAGCCAUCCAUUAUCAAUCACAUACGGAUACUCCUGUGGGACCGGGAUAGCCGGUCUUAUUCAUACUUCAUUGAAGUAUCAAUGGAUGAACUUGAUUGGAUCAGAGUGAUAGAUCAUUCUCAAUAUCUGUGUCGUUCUUGGCAAAAGUUAUAUUUUCCAGCCCGUGUCUGCAGGUGAGAUACUGAUGUAAACAGUUUGGAGAUACUAAAGAA